AUGCAGGUUUCCCUAAUAUGGGGAACAACAUUCUGGCAAUUAAAUGAAGACACUAAAUACUCUAAUUGUUCAUUAACUGGAUUUAUACUACUAAACUAUUAUUUAAUCAAAUGUCCAGCAACUGACAUCAAAUUAAGUGUAGUCUUGGUUCCUGGUAGUAGAACGAAAGUAAAAUGUUUUAAUAUUGAAUAUUCAGAGUUUCAACAUAUAUUACCUAAUCUUACAAUUGGAGAUAGUGCUGUAGUUGAAAUUAAAGACUGCCCAUUACCAGAAUCCAAACCAAUUUCAUCAAUAACACAACAACUUGGUAUAAUCGGUUUUAAUACUUUAAUUUUCAAUAAUCAUAACGAAUUGGGAACCAAUUUAAGUAAAGUACAUUUUAGUAAUUUAAACGGAUUAAAGAAUUUAACCCUUAUAUUGGACAGUGUUACAGCUAUACCCAAUAAUCUGUUUAACGAUUUGUCAUUGAAAACUUUAGAAUCGUUAGAUUUACAAUCCAACUCUAUUCAAUUGCCAAAUAAUAUAUUGAUGAAUUUACCAAAUGUUGAUUUUUUGGAUCUGGGUAAAAAUUUACAUUCUUUGCCGGCUGAUAUUUUUCGUCAUCAAACUAAAAUUAUUGAACUAGUAUUGAGAGAUAAUAAAUUAACAAAUUUAACAGAGGAUCUAUUUUAUUCUAGUUCAACUUUAAAAAGUUUAAACUUGGAAAAUAAUCUUAUAGAAGUACUACAGCCUGCUAUUUUUAGACCUUUAACCAACUUAAUACGAUUGAAUCUAAGUGGCAACAAAUUGAUCUCGUUGCCCCAGGGUCUUAUGGAUAAUAAUAAAAAUUUAAUAGAAUUUUCUUUGGCUCGUAAUCAGGUACAAAUGAAGCAUUUGCCUCCUAAUCUGCUAGCAGAUUUGCCACAUUUAAAUGAAGUUGUUUUGGAGUGUAAUUUGGAAGAGCUGCCGCCAAAUUUAUUUAACAAUUCGAAGAAUAUUUUAUCCAUAACUAUAACGGGCAAUAUGUUUACAGAACUUCCAGAAGGUUUAUUCAAGAGCCAAAAGUAUUUAAAACUUUUAAAUAUAUCAAACAAUAAUUUACUGCAUUUACCGGAAACUUUUUUGCAAAAUUCUACGGAUCUUCAGCUUUUUGAUGUAUCCUACAAUAAUUUAACAUUAUUUACAAGCGAAAUGUUUCACUCCAGCAAACAAUUGGAAGUUCUUUUAUUUAACAACAAUAAAUUAACCACCGACAACAUCCACAUAACAUGGACCUUUCGAUUUCAUCGUAAUCUAAAGACAAUAAAUAUGAGCAACAAUUUAAUAACAUCAUUAUCAAAAGAGUGGGCCGUGCCUUAUUUUCUUGAAAUCUUUGAUUUAAGUCAUAAUAAGAUAAAGAUUUUAAACGAUUCUGAAAUAAUUAACCUAAUUAUAUACAACCUAGAACUCAUUCUAACAAAUAACGAAAUCACUACCAUUAAUUUACAAAAUAAUACUAUUGAAAAUAAGGACUUUCAAAGGCAGCUCUUAAAAAUUGAUCUAAAUAAUAAUCCCAUCAAGUGUGAUUGUAGAAUUUUAAAUUUUGUACAAUUAUUUAAGUCACCAAAUAGACACUACAACUUAAUGGAUAAUGUGCAAUUUCUGGUAAGAAAUCUAACGUGUGUAGAACCAGACAUUUAUAGAGGAGAGCUAGUUAAGACUUUAGAACCAGCUACUUUAUUAUGUGAAUACAAAGAAAAAUGUCCUGCCGCCUGUUCAUGUUCGUUAAGAUCUUUUGAUGAAAUGCUUAUAGUAAAUUGUUCCAACAGAAAGUUAUCCAAAGUUCCCGUAUUACCUACUAUAGUUGAAGAAUCCAUAAAGGGAAUUGAGCUAAAUAUGGAACACAAUGAAUUAUUAAGUCUUCCAAUAGCAUUAACACUGGGUUAUGCUAAUGUAACCAAAUUGCUGUUAGCAAACAAUUAUUUAACACAAGUGGAAAAAAACCAAUUACCUGUAAAUUUAACUUAUUUAGACAUAAGAGGCAAUUAUUUAGAAACCUUAAGCAACGAUAUUUUAAUGUUUAUGAAUAACAGUAAGUUGUCCCAGCUGUAUAUUUCCAAUAAUCCUUGGCUAUGCAAUUGUGAUGCACGAUUUUUGUUACGUUUUGCCCAAAACAAUGUAAAAUUAUUUAAGGAUUUUUCCAAUAUGACCUGUGCCAAUACCGAACAUCUUACCUUUUUCUAUGAUUUAAAUGAUCUUUGUCCAAUUGAGCGAACAUUUUAUAUAUUUAUUUUUAUAGUAGUUGCAGUGAUCUGUUCAAUGUUGGCUCUGUAUUAUAAAUAUCAAACCGAAAUUAAAGUUUGGUUAUAUGCCCACAAUAUGUGUCUGUGGCUAGUGGUCGAAGAUGAAUUGGAUCAGGAUAAGAUCUAUGAUGCCUUUAUAUCAUAUUCAGCCAUAGAUGAGGAUUUUGUUUUGGAUAUUUUAAUGCCCGAAUUGGAAAAUGGUCAUCCACCAUUUCGUUUAUGUAUCCAUGUACGUGACUGGCUGGUAGGUGAAUGUAUACCAGAUCAAAUUCUGCGUUCAAUAGCAAUGUCUAAGAAGACUAUUGUAGUAUUGACCGCAAACUUUAUAGAAUCGGUCUGGGCUAAAAUGGAAUUUAAAGCUGCUCACCAAGCAGCUCUUAACGAGGGCCGAGCAAAGGUUAUUGUAAUUAUAUAUGAAGAUGUUGGCAAUGUAGAGGCCUUGGAUGAAGAUUUAAAGGCAUAUUUAAAAAUGAAUACUUAUUUAAAAUGGGGUGAUCCAUGGUUUUGGGAGAAAUUGCGUUAUGCUAUGCCGCACGUAACCAGAGACCGUAAUAGAUUGUUUGAAAGUGUACAAAUGCACGAAAUGUGAAACUUAAGAAGACGAUAAUGUUGUUAUUUAAAAUAAAUAAUAUAGAAAAAUAACAAAAGAACAAAUUUUUCUUGAGAAACAUUAACGAAUUCUGUGAAUAAAUUAGAUAACAAUUACAAAUUCAAAAUUCUUUAAUUAUUUACUUUAUGCGUGUAAAUAUAAUAGCCAAAAAACAUCAAUUAAAACCUGUGGACAUUUUUUAAUAUUUUUUUAUGUAUUUCUCAAACAGUUUUAAAAAAUUAAAAAAAUCAAAUAAAUAUAUUUUCCA